GGAAAUGGCGGGGGCGGGUCUUCCGGAGGCGCCCCUCUUGUCUCCUCGGGAUUUGUAAGCAACUCAAAAUCAGAUAGACGGAACUUGACAGAAGACUACAGGAUUCCUUCCGAUCUCUUGGAGGCUUCCUAAGAGCACCAACAGAUGAGCAAGACAGUUCCUGGCUGCUCAACUGCCGGAAAUGGAGAGCUGGGUGAGGGAAUGUGGGGCAGAGACCACUUCCCAGGCUGUAGCCCUGGCUGAAGGUUUCCUCUUGAGUCAGGCAGAGGAGAGGAGGCAAGCAGAGCAGCAGGAUCCGUUUGCAGAAAUGGACCCAGAUUCCUCUGUGGCAGAGAGGACUCAGAUGGACACCAGAGGGAGGCCGCUGGGUGAGAGAUGGAUGCCCCCCAGACCUCCUCACCCAUCUUUUCAUGAGAACAGAGGAGAAGCAGCAGCUGUGGAAACAGAUCUGGGUCCUCUGUGCUUUGAAGAUGUCGCUGUGUAUUUCACCGAGGAGGAGUGGGCGUUGCUGGAUCCUGACCAGAGAGCUCUGCAUAAGGAAGUCAUGGAGGACAAUCGUGCAAUUAUGGACUCUCUCAGUGGUGCUGGAUUGGAAAUUAUGAACAAGGGAGACAUUCACAGAGUGGGGAAGGUGUAUAAAUAUUUGGAAUGUGGAGAGAGUUAUAGUCAGAGCUCCCAUUCCACUUCCCAUAAAAUAAAUUCCAUUGGGAAGAAUCGCUAUCAGUGCUUGGAAGGUGGUAAGACGUUUCGUCAGAAGAAACAUCUCACUCUCCAUCCAGGAACUCACAGCAGGGAGAAGCCAUAUCAGUGCAUGGAAUGCGGAAAGAGCUUCAGUCAGAGGUCCAAUCUCACGACCCAUCAAACCAUUCAUACAGGAGAGAAACCAUAUCAGUGUUUGGAAUGUGGAAAGAACUUCAGGAAGAAGGCUAAGCUUAUGGCUCAUCAAAGAAUUCAUACAGGAGAGAAACCAUAUCAUUGCAUGGAAUGCGGAAGGCGCUUCAGGCAAAGAGCCCAUCUCACUUCCCACCAAAUACUCCACAGUGGGAAGAAACCCCAUCACUGUUUGGAAUGCGGAAAGAGCUUCAGUUACAGGCAUGUGCUCAAGGCCCAUCAAAGAAUUCAUACAGGGGAGAAACCAUAUCAGUGCUUGGAAUGUGGAAAGAGCUUCAGUCAAAGGGUUGCACUCACAGCCCAUCAAAUAAUUCAUACAGGAGAGAAACCAUAUCAGUGCUUGCAAUGUGGAAAGAGCUUCCGUCGGAGGUCCCAUCUCACUUCCCAUCAAAUAACUCACAGUGCGGGGAAAACCCAUAAGUGCUUGGAAUGUGGAAAGUGCUUUAAUCAGAGAUCCUAUCUCAAUUCCCAUCAGAAAAUCCAUAGAGGGGAGACACCAUAUAAGUGCUUGGAAUGUGCAAAGAGCUUUAGUCACAAGGCUGUGUUUAAAGCCCAUCAAAGAAUUCACACAGGGGAAAAACCAUUUCAGUGCUUGGAAUGUGGAAAAAGCUUCAGUCAAAAGGCUGUGCUCACAGCCCAUCAAAGCAUUCACACAGGUGAAAAACUGUAUCAGUGCUCAGAAUGUGGAAAGAGCUUCAGUCAGAAAGCUAAGCUCAUGGCUCAUCAAGGAAUUCAUACAGGAGAGAGACCUCAUAAGUGCUUGGAAUGUGGAAAGAGCUUCAGGCAGAGGGGGCAUCUAAAGGGUCAUCAAAGCAUUCAUACAAAGGAAAAACCAUAUCAGUGCUUGGAAUGUGGAAAAAGCUUCAGGCGGAAGAAUAUUCUCACUUCCCAUCAAACAAUUCACACUGGGGUGAAACCAUAUCAGUGCUUGGAAUGCGGAAAGCACUUCAGUCAUAGGUCCCAUCUCACAUCUCACCAAAUAACUCACAGUGGGAAGAAACCCCAUCACUGUUUAGAAUGUGGAAAGAGCUUCGGUCACAGGGCUGUGCUUAAGGCCCAUCAAAGAAUUCACACGGGGGAAAAACCAUAUCAGUGCUUGGAAUGUGGAAAGAGCUUCAGUCGGAAGGACCAUCUCACUUCCCAUCAAACAACUCAUACUGGGGUAAAACCAUAUCUCUGCAUGAAAUGUGGAAAGACUUUUAGUCGGAAGGAUAGUCUCACUUCACAUGAAAGAAUUCACAAAAAAGAAGAACCAUGUAAAAGCUUCAAAUGUGGAACGGACUUCAUUAAGGGAUCCCAAUUCACUUCCCAUCAAAUAACACACAGUGGUGAGAACCCGUACCAGUGCUUGGAAUGUGGGAAGAGCUUCAAGUGGAAGAGAAGUAUAAUUUGCCAUCAAAGCAUUCAUACAGGGCAGAAACCAUAUCAGUGCUGGGAAUGUGGAAAGAGCUUUUCCUGGAAGACAAAUCUCAUUUCCCAUCAGAGAAUUCAUACAGGGGGGGCACCGUAUCAGUGUUUGGAAUGUGGAAAAACAUUCAAUCAGAAGUAUACCCUUACUUCACAUGAAAGAAUUCACAGAGGGGAGGGAGGAUAUAAGUGCUUUGAAUGUGGAAGGAGUUUCAGUAGGGGCUCCCAGCUCUCUUCCCAUCAAAGAAUUCAUACAGGGGAGAGACCUUAUCAGUGCUUGGAAUGUGGGAAGAGCUUCAAUAGGAAAAAAAGUCUAAUGUCCCAUCAAAUAACUCAUUCAAUGGAUGAACCCUAUCAGUGCUUGGAAUGUAGAAAGAGCUUCAAAUCAAAGAGAAGUCUCACGUUACAUCAGAGAAUUCAUACAGUGGCGAAACCUUAUCAGUGCCUGGAGUGUGGGAAGAGCUUCAGUCGGAAUGAACAUCUCACUUCCCAUAAAACAAUUCACAGUGAGGAGAGACCAUAUCAGUGCUUGGAAUGUGAGAAGAGCUUCAAAUCAAAGAGAAGUCUAACUUUACAUCAAAUAAUUCAUACAGGGAAGAAGCCACAUCAGUGCUUGGAAUGUGGAAAGAGCUUCAGUCGGAAGGAACAUCUCACUUCCCAUAAAACAAUUCACCGUGAGGAGAGACCAUAUCAGUGCUUAGAAUGUGGAAAGAGCUUCAAAUGGAAGAAAAGUUUCACAUUCCAUCAAAGAAUUCAUACAGGGGAGAAACCAUAUCAGUGCUCAGAAUGUGGAAAGAGCUUCAUGCAGAGGUCUAAGAUGACAAUCCAUCAAAGAACUCACCGCAAGGAGACUCAUAGCAUUUGAAGAUGGCUGACACAUCUCCUCUUAAUCUCCUCUUUUUGGGACAAAACAUAUCCAGCUCAGAACUCUGGGUAUAGGGCGGUGUAUCAUUUGGGUCUUCCUCCUCUGCACGUGUUCCAGCUUGACAAUAUCCUCCUUUUAUUGUGGCGUCCAGAACUGGACCCUGUACUCCAGGUG